AUGCACUAUGUUUCGCAUCCAUACUACGCUGCUGGGUAUGUCCCUCCUGUGGCUUCUGCUUCGGCAGCUCAAACAACGUGGAGCGAACACACAUCUCACGAUGGCAGGAAAUAUUACUUUAACAAUUUAACCAAAGUUACCACAUGGGAGAAACCUGACGAGCUAAAGUCUGCAUCGGAAAAGCUUCUAGCUGUCUGUCCAUGGAAGGAGUUUAAGUCGGAUUCGGGUAAAGCGUACUACUAUAACUCUGAAACCAAGGAGUCUGUUUGGACGAAGCCACUGGACCUUAUCGAUGCGGAGCAGCGUGCUUUAGCAGCGUCAACAAAACCAAACGCAUUGCCAGUUUUAUCAAAUACUGUUGUAUCCGGCACACCUAUUACACCAUCCACUCCUGCCGAGGAGCUAAAGCCCAGUGAGCCCUCUGAACUGGAAAGAGCAAUGAAAGCUACGCUGGAAUCUUUUGGCAAUGAGGCUCCAGAAUCAACUCUAAUUCCCCUUCCACCCUGUGAGCAAAGUUCUGUAGAAGCGGUGACCGUUCCUGAAUACAAAACUCGAGGAGAAAUGGCAGAGGGAUUGCGCCGGCUUUUUCGAGAGAAGAAGGUGCCUGGCAAUGCUACAUGGGAACAAGCUCUGAAACUUAUAGGUGAUGAUCCACGGUACAGUGUUCUUAAGAACUUUGUUGAAAAGAAACAGAUUUUUAAUGUCUACAAGUCACAACGUCAAAAGGAGGAGCGAGAGGAACAGCGUAUGCUUAUGAAGCAGGCGAAGGAAAACUUGGAGAAAUAUCUGCUUCAAACUAAAGAGAUUCACUCAACUAUGUCAUAUAGGAAGGUCGAUCAAGUUCUGUCAGAUGUGCCUGAGUGGAAUAGUGUCCCAGAACAUGAUCGUCGCAUUUUGCUCUCUGAUGCAAUGCAGGAGAUCGCUAAACGUGAAAAAGAGGACUCUAAGUCUCUCAGAAAAAGAAAUAUAAGGGUUUUCAAUGAUAUCCUAAGCAACAUGCAAAACUUGACUUACAGAACAACUUGGAGCGAGGCACAGCAAAUGCUCCUAGACGACCCCAGGUUUACUGACGACAAGGAAUUGCAGAGUUUGGAUAAGGAGGAUGCGCUGAUCCGGUUUGAAGAGCAUAUACGAAUGCUUGAAAGGGAGCAUGAUGAGGAAAAAGAGCGGGAAAAGCGAAAGCAGAAGCGAAUUCAAAGAAAAAAUCGCGAAGCUUUUACUGUUCUUCUUGAUGAGCUAAGGGAGCACCAAUUUCUAACUUCUAUUUCACUUUGGAAAGAUCUUUUUUAUAUUAUCAGGCGAGAUGAACGAUUUCACGCUAUGCUGGCCCAGCGCGGGUCUACACCUCUUGACUUGUUCAAAUUUUACGUUGAGAAAUUGAAGUGCCGCUUACCAUCGGAUAAAAAGAUUAUGAAGGAGAUUCUUAAAGAAAAAAACCACACAGUCGAAGUUUCUUCGGAUUUCGAGGAUUUCAAGAAAAUGGUGGCGUCGGAUGAGAGAGGUAGGCUUUUGGAUUUGGGUAACGUGCGUAUUAUCUUUGACGGUCUGAUGGAGAAGGCACGUAAUCGGGAACGCGAGCGUCAGCGCGAGGAGGCGCGCCGUAUGCACAAACUCGAACAGGCCUUCUUUGAGAUGCUCCGGCAGGCUGAUCCUCCUGUGGAGGCUACCACCACUUGGGAGGAAGUGUCCGAGCGAUUCUCCUCUCACGUCUCUUUUAAUGCAAUCACCCUUCAAUCUGAAAGGCUUCGUCUAUUCAAGGACUACUUGAUUCAACGAGAUGCAUUCAGUGGCCACGAUUCAAAGUCUAGCAAGUCUCAUAACGUCAGAUCGCGGUCCCAUGAGACGAAGAGGGCAGACGGCGGUGGUGGCAGCGAAGAGGAAGAGGGAAGGAACGAGCAACAGGGUGAAGGGGAUGAACACCACAAACUGGAGUCAGGAAAACGGUCAUCCCGGCGGCAUCGCAAGCGUAAGCACCAUCGUGAUUCAGACUCAGGUUCGCGCAAGAAGCACAAAAAGUCGAAGAAAUCCAGAAGCAAUCGGCAUGGGGGAGACGGUGCGAAUAGUGGUCAUAAGACCUCUAAACACGGCGGAAACGGGCGUGGCAAACGCAGUGCCAGUGUCUCCGGCGGCGACGAUGACCAAGAAGAUAGUGAUGGGGACGAGAGGUCCCCGGCGAAGCGUGCCGCGGUGGCGAGAGGUGAAGGGACAAUUGAGACUCCAGACGAUGCAGCGUCGGCGCGUCGUCGUAGGCGUCAGGCAACUCGUGAGGAUGGGGAGGCAGAGAGUUCGAGUGCCAGCAGCGACGACGCAGGCGCGCGCGACGACCACGCAUAUUGA